UGAAAGUUCGGCUGAACGAUUUUCAGGAAGAAUGUCAGAGGGUGAAGAGGCGGCUACGAGGGGGAGCAGCCCAGGUAGGAAACCCCGGCGAGCCCAUUUCCAAAGAAACCAAAGCCACAUCAUUGUAUGACCCCCUCAUAGAGGCACUACACUCCGGAAUUCGAAGUCCCAACGUGGGAGAAAUAAUAAACCACAUAGUAAAUCAAAACUGUAAAAAUUGGCAACAGAAAGUAGAUUUAGAGUCAAUAAGAAAAGAAGCACAUAACACAAAAAAGGAGAGAAUACUAAAUAGAACCAAAUGCUAUGUGGAGUGGUUACCAAGAACAGAAAAAAAUCCAUUUAGCAAAUAUCAGAUAAUAUCUAAAUUAAAAAAGAAGACCCUUUCGAAAACCUUCAAACUUGUUUGCGACUUUAAUAACUCUUUACUGAAGGGGGUAUAUAUAAAUCAAAAUUUAAUUAAUACACUUUAUGUGGAAGAGGCAAAGCGUGACCUGCUUGAAUUUUCUUCUCUGCAAUGCUUGAGUUCAAAUGAAACGUUCAUAAUAUCAGUGUCCUUUUACCACCCGAUAAGGGGUAUAAAAAUAGCUGAGUAUGAAAUUUUGUCAUGUCAAACUUUGGCGGAUUUGACAGAUGUUUUUUUUUGUUUUGAUUCUUCAAAUUAUGGUUUGCCCCAAUUUGAUGGAUCUGUGUACUACAUUGAUGGAGUGCUGUACCCUGAUUUGAGAUCGCCAAACGCGCUGGACUACUCAGCAUGCAUAUUAGAUUUUUACAAAAAAAAAAAAGAUAACAAUUUUAUUCGACCCCCAUAUAAGAUAAUGCAACAUAAGGCUGUCAUCAGCCAAAUGGAAAUCCCGCUGUACCAAAGGUGCUGCUUCCUACAUCAAGGGAAUUGUGAGCAUCGAAUUAUUUUUAAUAACAUUCGAGAAUAUAAUAGCUUGCGUGAUGGGGACUUUUCCAAGUACCCCCUCAGGACAUUCAAACCGAAUAUUGCAAAGAAGCUUUGCGUGUGCUGUCAUAAAAAUGUGGCGCAGAAAAUUGUCCUCGAUUGUUAUCUCUUGAAGGAAAAUCCAUCCUUUGUCUGCAACUGCUGCUUUGAUUUGUUUCUGCUCGAUCGGGAGGGUAAUCCCGUGGACGCAAUUAUGAAGCAUUUCGAAUACAUCGACGAGGUGU